AAAAUUUUCGCAAUACAAGGAAUUCAUUGGAAGGAUUGAAUUUGAAUAGUGUUUCUAAGUUUUGUUUCGUAGCGAAGAAAAAUGUUAAUAAAUCUUUUAUUAACUCUUAUCUCUCUGAGUUAUUUGUCUUGGAGAGAAGUAUUAAGUUUACGGCUCUUGGAAAUUCGAAUACCAACACAUGCAGUACGGAAUAACGUAGCAAUUCUUGAAUGCAAUUUUGAUUUGGAUGGUGAAGAAUUGUAUUCAGUAAAAUGGUAUAAAGAUGGUAAUGAAUUCUAUCGUUAUGUACCAAAAAAUGAUCCUCCUGGUCAGAAAUUUCCUCUGUCGGGGAUAUAUGUUGAUGAACAAAAAUCAACCGAAAAGAUGUUGGCAAUAAGUCCAGUAACAUUGCAAAGUAGUGGAGUAUACCGUUGUGAAGUUUCUGCUGAAGCACCUUCGUUUCAAACAGUUCAAGAUGAAGGCAAUAUGACUGUUGUGGCUUUGCCAGAUUCGGGUCCAAAAAUUACCGGUGCUUUCGCACGUUAUAAAAUUGGUGAAAAAUUAGCGAUGAAGUGCAUAUCUGGAAAAUCCAAACCAGCAACAGAUUUGACGUGGCUACUGAACGGUGAACAAGUUCACUCUCAGCAUUUACGUGGACCCUUUAGAGUUGUAGUUGGCUCAGAAGGUUUGGAACAAACGUCUUUGACACUGCAUUUUAAAGUAAAGGCUAGUCACUUUAAAGGCAGUGAAAUGAAAUUGGAAUGUCUGGCAACAAUAAAUCCCGUGUAUUCACAAAGUAGCACAGAAAUUGUUGGAAAUAUACCAAGAACCCAUCGAAAACAUCAUAAUAAUUAUGUUAGGACAACAACGCCAAUGUUUGACGAUAGUACAACGGAAUUAUUUUCUCAAAAUCUAACAGACGAUUCUUUGAAUGCUACAACUUCAACAUCAUGUGCUACAAACUUCUUAUACGCCGGUAACAAUAAUAUAUUACUUACCAUAUUUUUUGCAUCAAUAAUAAAAUUAGUUUUCUAUCUAAUUGUUGAGCAAUUUUCGCGGUAA